GGAAGUUAGGGGCCCCUGAAGCUAAGGUGCUGCCUGCUAGGUUCUGAGGAGGCAGGACACAGCGGUUUUGGGGUAGAGAGCCCCUCAGGAAGUGUUGGUCAGACCCAAGACCCCAGGCAGCCCUCCAGCGCUCCAGCUGGGACUUUGCCUCUGCCUUGGCCUGUCUGAGCCCCACCCCGAAUUUCAGCCCUUCUUCCCUAAGCUCACCCAGCCCCAGUCCCAGGACUGAGAGCCCCAGGGAUCUUGGAGAGGUGAGCAUCUCCGGGAGGGCCUGGAGGCUGGGAGGUGCAAGGAGGGGCUAGGAGGACAGGGAGAAAUUCCUCAAGCAGGAGAAAGCGUAAGAUAGGGUUGAACACUGCGGGAUAGGUGGGGAAAUUGCCUGGAAUGGACAGCUGGCCAAUUAGAUCAGACCCCCACCUGUGACUUUUGCCUGAGAGCCAAGGGGGGCCCAGUGGUUGGGGCCACAAUCUCAUGCACCUGGGCCCUCCUUAAAGGCUGGUUCUUCAGGUGUGAGAGAGACAGGUGUGCAGCCUCAGCCCUGCUCCUUCACCUGCAGAGCCCACCAUGUGGGGCUACCUGUCGCUGAUGCCUGUCUUUCUAGCUGUCUGGGCUAUCUCUGGCGUCUGGAUCGUUUUUGCCAUUGCAGUGACCAACAGGACUGUGGACCUCAGCAAAGGCUUUCCCUACAUCAGCAUCUGCGGAUCCUUCCCCCCUCAGAGCUGCAUCUUCAGCCAGGUGCUCAAUAUGGGAGCUGCUCUGGCCGCGUGGAUCUGCAUUGUCCGUUACCACCAGCUCCGGGACUGGGGCGUCGGAAGGUGGCCUAACCAGCUGAUCCUAUGGACGGGUCUUCUCUGUGCCCUGGGCACCUCCGUGGUAGGCAAUUUCCAGGAAAAGAACCAGCGGCCCACGCACUUGGCAGGGGCCUUCCUUGCCUUCGUCUUGGGUAAUGUCUACUUCUGGCUGCAGCUCCUCCUGUGGAGGCUGAAGAGCCUGCCCCAGCCCGGGGCUGCCUGGAUCGGGCCACUCCGCCUGGGCCUCUGCAGCGUCUGCACCAUCCUCAUUGUGGCCAUGAUCGUCCUCCACGCCUGCUCACUGCGUAGUGUCUCUGCGGCCUGCGAGUGGGUCGUGGCCAUGCUGCUGUUUGCGCUCUUCGGUCUCUUUGCCAUUGACUUCUCCGCCCUGGAGAGCUGCACCCUGUGUGUUCAGCCGUGGCCCAGCCUCAGCCCCCCGCCGGCCUCCCCCAUCUCCCUGCCGGUCCAGCUGUAGCAGGCACCCUGACCAGGGCCUCGCCCUCACCAGUGAAGCAGGAAAGAUGGGGCUGAUCCCAGUGCCCCGCAUCCAGCAAGACGAGCCACUGCGGAUCUCUCCAACCAGCUGGGGCUGCCGCUGACUGACCUGGAGCCGGAGGACCUGUGUGCCGGCGCGGAGGGCCUCUGAACAGCUGGUGGCAGCCAGCAUCCCCGUCCCCGCCUUCGGGCCCUGCCCCUGCAACUGGGCACCCAGGAAGCGAGAGGCCAAGGCUAGCCAGCUGUCCCUGAUCAAGGCUAUUUAUUAUUAUUAUUAUCUUUUUUUUUUUUUUUUUUUUUUUUUUGCCGCCGGCGG